UUAAAGUCUAAUAUAGUAAAAUUGAGUUUAUUAUUAUCAUCAGCUAAUACCAUAGUAUUUUGGUCAAUCAUAUCACGACAUUCAGAUCUUUGAGGUAAAAUCAGGUAAAACUAAUAUUCGAGGCUGAAAAUAAUUUAAAUCAUAAAGAAAAUUCAAUGAAAACUCGAUGAUCAGAAAUAAAAAAACUGUUAAAUGUUGAAAUGCUCUGUUCAUAUAUUGCGCCUAAGCUGUUGUCAUGUUGUUGAUGUGUUAAUUUUGUUGUUGCCACUUGUCAAUAAAGCCUAGCUGUAUUUACUGUAACUCUUAUAAUAUUUAUGUAAUUUUUGUUAUUCUAAUAAUUAAUUUAAUGACUUGACUUAACCUAACCAUGAGUAGAUAUUACCAACUUAUUGUUUUUCUUUCAGUUUAUUGUAUUAAAAAUAAUUGUGAUCAACCUUCCAGUCAUCAACUGCUUUGCAAAAAUAUUGAGUGUAGUGAACCCAUUGGUGUUGUUGAAGCAACUCAAAAUUAUGUUCCUGAUGCAGAAUACAAAUUAAGGUUCAACAUUGGAGAUAAACUUGACAUCUAUGGUUUAACUGAAAAUAAAGAAUAUUAUAUAGCCAGGAUUGGUGAUACCAAAGGCCUGGUCAAAACUAAGUUCGUUAGAGAAACUAGAAUAUUUUAUAAAGAUGGUUUAAUAUUGACAACACUUGAUGAUUCAUGGAGAUCAAUUCAACCAUCAAUUCAAGAUUCUACAGCUGUAGAUCACAAUUUCGACAGCUCAUUAAGUGACAAUAAUACUCAAGAAGUGUCCUCGGUAGUUGAACCCGAUCCUAUUGCUUCGGAAACAAUCUUAGUAGAAGAGCAAUCGACAAAAACGCGGGUUGAAAUUUUGGGAACAACUUUCUAUACCAAUGAUAAUGAUGAAAUUUAUGAACCAAGCUCGACAGUUUCAAGUGAUCAAAUGAAAACACCGGUGACAACUACGCCAAUUUUAUCUGAAGAGUCCAUUAGUCAGUCUGAACAACAUCAAUUUUCUCAUAUAUUUUCCAAUAACUCAUUUGAUGAUUCAGCAAAUACACCAUUUCAGGAUUCUAAUAAUACAGAUAAAGAUAUAAUACAUGAUAGUAAACUUGAGCCGUCAACAAAAAAUGAAUAUUUGCCAGCCGCUUCAGACAAACCAUCGCCUGAAUCUAAUCUUGGUUACACUGCACAGGGAUCUUUUCCAAGUGCAUCUCAAGAUAAUGAACAUGUUGGCAAUUUAGAAACUUCCUUCAAGUUUGACAACAUUAUCGAAAGUUCUGAGCUCAAGUUAGAACCUCAAUAUGAACAGACAAGUAAAGUUGAAUCCGCAGUAGAAUCAGAAAAAAUUAGUCCAGAUAGAGAAACUGUACUCCAAGCUGAUCAUAACAAAGUUGAAUCAGUUGAAUCUGAAACAUUGUUCUUAUCAAAAUUUAACGACUUUGCUGAUGAAAUCCCGGCAUCAAUCUCCAAACAAGAAAGUGUACCUUCAGUUGAAUCAGUAAAACCUUUCCCGGACAGUGAACCCUCUGUACUUCAAGACAAUCAUAUUAAAUCUGGAUCAGUGGAAUCUGAAACAUUCUUUUCAUCAGAAUCUAACAAAGUCGCUGAUGGAAUCCCGACGCCAAUCUCAGUUCUUCAAAAACAAGAAAGUGUACCUUCAGUUGAAUCAGUAAAAACUUUCCCGGACAGUGAACCAUCUACACUUCAGGACAAUCAUAUUAAAUUUGGAUCAGUUGAAUCUGAAACAUUAUUUUCCUCGGAAUCUAACAACGCCGCUGAUAAAGUUUCAACACCUAUCCCAACUCUUCAAAAACAAGAAAGUGUACCUUCAGUUGAAUCAGUUAAACCUAUCCAGCACGGUGAACCUUCUGUACUUCAAUCUGAAACAUUGUUUAAAACAAAAUUGGAUGACGCCGUUGAUGAAACACCAACACCAAUAACAGUUUAUCCCGAUAAAGAAAGUCAAUCUGAAGUAAAGGUUGCCACACAUACCGACAACUCUAUCCCCGAGCAAACUCAUCAUAGUGUUUCAAAUGAUGGACAUGUUGAAAUUAUUACAACAACAUUAACUCCAGAAGAUACAUCUAUUAGUGAAGGCAUAUCUAAAUCAAGUGCAGAUCAUUAUAAAGAGCAUGAGACAACAAUCCAACCAUUGAAUGUCGAAAAAAACAAAACUUCUGAUGGUAUUGAAGAGCCUACUUCGUUUGUAGCGCCUCCAAAAGAGUCAGCUGAUUCUUCAUAUGUAGGUGAUCAGCAGAAUUCUUUCAAUUUAAAUACUGAUUACGAAAAAAUCAAAUCUAAUUCUGUUUUCCAGAGUCAACAAUUGAAUGAACCUAAAAAUAUGGAAAGUCCGACAGAAAGUGCAACCAGUCAACCCGAUUUAGAUUUACUUUUUGGAAUCCUACCGAACCGACCAUCAUUUGAUUUAUCCAAAGGCAACAUUUUAGUGCUCGUUUCUCUUGUUUGGAUUAUUAUGUAUUACACGUCGCAAUUAUUUACUUCUAAGGAGCGUUCACUUACGGUGAGACUUCUUGAUAAAGAAUCCAAAUUGUUCAAAGUGGUUGCUGAGAGGGAUAAUCUGCUUGCAGAUUUAGUCACAGAGAAAGAUAAAUACAAGCGAAUCCACAGGGAAUAUGAAGAUAUCAAGGAUAAAUUUCACAAUAUGAGUGUCACUAUGGAACACAUCAAACGAGAAAAUGUCGACUUGGUCAAGAAAGGAGAGCUCUUGAAAAAUGAAAACUACAAACAAAAACAACUGAUUGAAGAGCUUGAAGAGAGAAAUACUGAAUUUAAAAAUGAAUCUACAAGCAUAUUUAAUGAAAAAAGUGAUCUACUAAACAAAAUUGAAGAUUUGGUUAAUCAAUUGCAAGCUUCAAAAGAACGUAUUGAUGAAUUAGUGUCAACAUUGUCAGACAAAAAUGCUGAAAUUGAAUCCUUAAAAUUAAAGAACUCUGAAAUAAUGAACGAACUGGAAACCACCAAGUCAUCAAACACAAUUUUAUUGUCCGAAAAGACAAAUUUGGAGAAAUCCUUGGAACAAAUGCAAAAAAUGAAGACUGAUUUGACUAAAAAAGAUCAAGAAAUUGAAUCACUGAAGAAGCUUGUGGCCGAUCAUUUGAAUACAGGAUCCGAUGGAUGGCAUGAAUCAUUGGAUGAACUUUUGAAAUCUGUUGAACUUAAAGCUGAGUUGGAUGUUACUCGUAACCAACUGAAUGAUAUUUAUGCCGAAAGAGAUAAACUAAUAGCUGAAAAAAGUGAGCUCAAAACCAACUUUGAAAAAGCAUGUAGUGACUUGUUGGCAGCUAAUAAGGCUAGAGAUGAAGCUGUACAAAAUUACCAAGUUUUGGAAACAUACACAAGGAAAACGCAAACUGAUUUGCAAAUGGAACUGGGUGCAUUAAAAUUGAAACACGAUGAAAUUUUCAAGAAAAAUGAAUCAGUCGCUGAUUAUAUUGCUAGCCUGGAGAGUGCAAACAAGAAUUAUAAAUCUCAGAUUGACGAUUUAAAACAUCAAAACGAGCAAGAUAAACACAAACGCUCACAAGAAUAUCAUUCUUUAGAAACUAAAUUUCACAUGCUUUAUAUGGAUAAAGUUGAUAUAACAAACAAAUUUGAAGCAAUUAAAAAAGAGAAUGAUUUAUUACGACAAAGAUUAACCCUCAAAUCACAAGGAAAAAGUGAUGCCAGCUUAAAUCAACAGUCUUCAGGACCACUCAGCUUAGAUUCAGCACCACCACCACCACCUGGAUAUUUGGAUGGAUCUUUAAAUUCAACAGAUUGGUCAUUAUCUCGUGAUUCCCCUCCGCCUCCACCACCUUUACCACCUCCACCGCCACUUCCAAUGGGCAGUUGGAUGAAUUCAAGUGACCUUUCAGUUUCUGGGUAUGGAUCAUUGCCACCCAUGCCAUCAGCAAAUUAUUAUCCAGGUCCAGCUUACAUGGCCCGAGAUACUUAUUCACCAACAUCUCAUCACUCCCAUGAUCAGCGAAGUGAACGAAGUGCUUUAUCCCAUUCUUCAGCAAACAAUUCUCGUCAUUAUCAGAAUUAUGGUCCACCACAAGGCUCGGGAUCAGUGGGCCCCUUUUCAAAUCCUUUACCAUCCCAUUGGUAUGUCAACACAAACCAAUCACAAAACCAACAAUAUCAGCCUCAACAACAUCAAUCUGGAACUUCCACUCAAAAUGAUAAUAAUAGAAGUUAUUACAACAGUGGACAGUAAAAAUUAUCCACUCAAAACGCCUGUAUGAUAUAUUAUAUUAGAAAUUAAAGAAAUUAUUGUUUUAUCAAUUAA